AUGAACACGGAAUUCAGUGUUGAGGUGCCAGGAGAGGCGAAUCCUCUGACUGAGAACAUACUGUUCCAUGUCUUGCGCUCAGCGUCUUCAGCAGACCAGACUCAAGUACAGUCAGGCACCAAGCAACUCCAGCAGUGGGAAAAGGCCCAGGGUUUCUACCCUCUGUUGCAGACGGUGUUUCUUGACCAGUCCCUUCCAUUAGAAGUACGCUACCUCGCUAUCAUCCAGCUCAAGAACGGCAUCGAUAAAUACUGGCGCAAGACAGCCACCAACGCUGUGAGUAAGGAAGACAAGGCCACCAUACGAGCCCGCCUGCUCGAGAGCGCCGUCAACGAAGCCGACCACCGCCUAGCGCUACAGAAUGCUUUGGUCGUUGCGAAGAUUGUCCGCUUCGAAUUCCCAAAUGACUGGCCCGAUCUAUUCCAACAACUACUCCACAUCCUCCGCGCCUCGACCGAUCCGAACGCCUACCGGUUACAACUUCCUCGCGCCCUUCUCGUCUUGCUAUACAUCGUCAAGGAACUGUCAACAGGGCGACUUCUACGAACAAGGCAAAGCUUGCAGACGGUUGCACCAGAGAUUUUCAACGUACUAGGUACCAUCUACGUGAGCAAGGUACAGACGUGGCAGGCCUUCUUUCGCGAUGGCGGAGACGACGAAGGCGGAGCGCUUGAGAGCAUCGACAACAGCUUGCUCGCUAUCAAGACGAUGCGGCGGCUGAUCAUUGCAGGCUACGAGUUCCCAGGCAGAGAUAAGGAUGUCCAGGGAUUCUGGACGCUGACACGUACUCAUUUCGGAGAGUUUCUACAAUAUGUGAUACCAGAAAACUCGCCACUUGCAGUCGACGUUCAAAGGAAGAUAGGCAAGCACUUGAUGCAGCUUUCCAAGCUACACCUGAACAUGGCCACUACUCACCCAGCAGAUUUUGUCCUUUUGCCCAACUCGAUAGACCUUGCACGCGACUACUGGAGUCUCAUCUCAAGGCUAGGUGAGCAGUGGGGCUCAAAGUCUAUUGAGGGCGCCAAAGUCGGCACUGAUGGCGAUGCCGAAGAUGAAGCGCCCAUCAUUGAGCGUCUAGGUCUCAAGGGUCUGCUGCUAAUCCGUGCUUGCGUGAAGAUGGUCUUUUACCCCACUCAGACUUUCCGCUUCAAGCAUCAGCAGGAAAAAGACGAAAAGAACCAAGCCACGCACAUGAUCAAAACAGACCUUCUUACUGACGACCUCGUGCGUGAAAUGAUCUCAGCGCUUGUCCAGCGCUUCUUCGUUUUCAGGCCCAGCGACCUCCGUAUGUGGGAGGAAGAACCCGAUGAGUGGGAGAAGAUGGAAGAGGGAGCAGAGGACUGGGAAUUUGCAAUUCGACCCUGUGCCGAGAAGCUGUUCCUAGACCUUGCAAAGAAUUUCAAAAAUUUGAUCAUUCAACCUUUGCUCCAAGUCUUCUAUACAGUAGCGACACCGGAAAACGAGGAUAUCCUUUUCAAAGACUCCGUCUACACUGCUAUAGGCCUUGCAGCCGAUAUACUGCACGAUCAGGUCGACUUUGAUUCGUUCCUCGAGAAGACACUAGUUGUUGAGGUAGCGAAACAAAAACCGGGUUACAAUAUCAUCCGUCGUCGUAUCGCCAUUAUCAUAUCCCAAUGGAUAACUAUCAAGAUGGCGAAAGAAAAAAAGCCAAUCGUCUACCAGAUUUUCCAGCAUCUACUCGAUAAGAGUGAUCCGAUGAACGAUCAGGUGGUCCGGAUAACUGCAGGCAGAAAAUUCCACGCUGUCGCUGACGAGUGGGAGUUUCAAGCAGAUGCCUUCCUGCCCUAUUCCCAAGUUAUGCUCGAUAGGUUAAUGGCGUUGGUCCAGGAGGUGGAGCUUCCAGAGACAAAGAUGGCACUCCUCAACACUAUCAGCCUUGUAGUAUACAGACUGGAGCAUCAUAUCACACCAUACGCUAAUAGCAUCGUCGCCCUACUUCCGCCUCUAUGGGAGCAGUCUGGCGAGGAGCAUCUCAUGAAGCAAGCCAUUCUUACCCUUUUGGCUCGCCUGACCAACGCGAUGAAAGCCGAGUCACGUUCGUUUCAUGUUUCCUUCUUACCCAUCAUCCAGAGCGCUAUCGAACCUGGGUCAGAAACUCAGGUCUAUCUCCUCGAAGACGCACUUGAUCUAUGGGCCUCUAUCAUCGCACAGACACCAUCAGCCCCAGAACCCACACCACCCGAGCUGCUCAACCUCCUUCAAUACUUGUUGCCUCUCUUCUCCAUGGACAAUGAAACCCUGCGAAAGGCUAUUGAGAUCACAGAAGCCUACCUUCUCCUCGCGCCUGCUGCCGUACUCGCAGACUCUUUCCGUCCCGCAAUCCUCCAGGCCCUCGCUGAGCUCCUGGGUAGCUUGAAACCCGAAGCAAACGGUAUAAUGACACAUCUUGUAACCUGUAUCAUUCGGGGUGCGGAAGGCGUUGGAGGCGAGAAUGCUGUCAAGAUCUUAACUAGCGACUUGAUCUCCUCUGGCUUCCUCGCAAAAGUCCUGGAGGGUCUCCACGGCGCAUGGACGCAUCACCAAUCUCAUGGUCCUUAUCGCGAACUUCCCUCCCGUGCCGUCGACGGUGUAGUGGAAACAGAUUACUUCACCGUACUAGCCCGUAUCGGAGUUGCUUCACCUUCUGUCCUCCUCGAGGCUCUAUCCUCGCUAUCAAGCGAAGGUCUAGAAAAGACUCUAGACUGGUUACUAGAAGAGUGGUUCAGCCACAUCGAGAACAUCGGCGACGCGCCAAACAAGAAGCUCAUGUGUCUCGUUCUCACACGGUUCCUGGAAGGGGGGCAGCCUUGGAUGCUGGGCCGGCUGCAGUUGUUGAUAGGAGUUUGGACAGACGUACUAGGGGAGUUGCUCGAUGGCAUGGAUGAUCGGAGUCAGGACUCUCUGUUCUGGCCUCCGGAGCCUUACCAUCCCACGGAACCCGAAGCACCAGAGGAUAUACGCAAGCGCGAACUCAUGUACACGGAUCCUGUACACCAGAUCAAUCUUGUUGCGUUCAUCAGGGAGCAUCUCCAGCAGGUUAUCCAGCAAGUGGGUGGUGAGCAAGCUUUCCAGGAAGAGUGGUUAAGUCGCGUGGAUAAGGAGAUUCUCAAGGGCUUUGGGGAGUUGGGCAUCAUGUGA